UAGUUUCUCCAUUGACUUGUCAAUCUCUCUCUCUCUCUCUCUCUCUCUCUCUCUCUCUCUCAACUACUAGGAUACUAUCUACAGUAUAUAGAGGACUAGCUGCAUGGAGUGAGAAGCUCAUGAUCACCACCACUUGGGUUGCUCAAAAGUUCUGCAGUAGUAUUUAAUUUCUACCUAGUUUCUACGAGUAGGGUUACAUAUAAGCAUUACAAGGAGUUCAAAGGAGAAACAAAAGGGUUUUUCCUUUUCUUUUCUUUUGGUGAUGAGGAUGGAAUGGAUUGUGGGAUGUUGGGUUUUGGUGGGAAUUUUUGUAGGAUCGUUGUGUUGGGUUUCUAAGGAGAUGAAGAAGAAGAACAAAAGCCAAAAUCAUAAGGGUGCUAAAGUCCCCAAAGGAAAGUUAGGUUGGCCUUUGAUAGGAGAAACUCUUGACUUCAUUGCUUGCGGCUACACCUCUCGACCUGUCAGCUUCAUGGAAAAACGUAGAUCUCUGUAUGGAAAGGUGUUCAAGACGAACAUAUUGGGAACUCCAAUCAUAGUGUCCACCGAUGCUGAAGUGAACAAGGUGGUGUUAAAAAACCAUGGAAAUACCUUCAUCCCUGCUUAUCCAAAAUCUGUCAAAGAACUGCUGGGAAAAUUUUCGAUUCUGCAAAUAAAUGGAAGCAUUCAUAAGAGAGUGCAUGGGCUCAUCGGUGGCUUCCUCAAAUCACCACAGUUCAAAGAUCGAAUCACUAGAGACAUUGAAAACUCUGUCAAGCUCAACUUGGCUCGUUGGAGACACAUGCAAUCUCCCAUUUACGUUCAAGAUGAAACCCAAAAGAUAACAUUUGAAAUUCUAGUUAAAGUAUUAAUGAGCGUCGAUCCUGGGGAAGAUUUGAACUUUCUCAAGAGAGAAUUUGAAGAAUUCAUCAAAGGUUUAAUUUGCAUACCAAUCAAGCUACCUGGUACUAGACUCUACAAAUCUCUCAAGGCUAGGGAGCGAUUGUUGAAGAUGGUGGGAAAAAUAGUGGAGCAGAAGAAAAAGGCCAUGGAAAAUAAUAGUAUCCAAGAAACAAGUCCAGUCAAUGACGCAAUGGAUGUGCUGUUGCGUGAUGGCGGUGACCAAAGCAACGAGACGCAACGCCUGCCGUUGGAUUUCAUCACGGGGAAUAUCAUAGAGAUGAUGAUCCCAGGAGAGGAGACUGUGCCUGUGGCCAUGACCCUAGCCGUCAAGUUCCUCAGUGACAGCCCUGUGGCGUUAGACAAACUAAGGGAUGAGAACAUGGAAUUGAAGAGGCAGAAGGUUGGUUCCUCUGAAAAUUAUGCAUGGACUGAUUACCUGUCCUUGCCAUUUACUCAAAAUGUGAUAAGUGAGACUCUUAGAAUGGCAAAUAUUAUCAAUGCUAUUUGGAGAAAAGCUCUUAAAGAUGUUGAAAUCAAAGGGUAUUUGAUACCACAAGGAUGGUGUGUCUUGGCAUCUUUAACUUCUGUUCACAUGGAUGAAGAGAACUAUGAAAGCCCAUAUCAGUUUGAUCCAUGGAGAUGGGAGAAGUUAGAAACUGCUGUAAACUACACUUCUAGUUUCACUCCAUUUGGUGGGGGACAGAGGCUCUGCCCUGGUUUGGAACUCUCUAGGCUUGAAUUAUCAAUCUUCCUUCAUCAUCUUGUCACUAAUUACAGAUGGGUAGCUGAGAAGGAUGAAAUUGUUCACUUUCCAACGGUCAAGAUGAAGAGGAAGCUGCCAAUUUCUGUCACAUCCACAAGCACUUAGAAUUUUAGAAAGUAUAAUUUGAUCUUUCAACAUACAAAUCACAACCACAUUUGAAUUUUAUCCCAUCAAGAAAAUUCUGUACAGCAUAAUAUCUCGAGCUAUUACGAAAAAAACAAUCAUGAGAGGUGUAACAAGUCCCCAUUUUAGGUGGAUGGGCUCUGUCUGCAUUAUAGGGUAGUUCUGGUGUCACCAUCUUUGUAAUUUGCUGUCCUUGGUCCUUCAAAAUUGAAUUCAACACGAGUGGGGACGAAUGAAUCUUACUCCCAUGUGUA